CCUGCGAUAGGUUCAGUUUAUUAAUAGCGACAACUCACAUCUACCCUUAUCACAAGAGCGGCGGCCAUUGAACAAGGACGAAUACGAUGGCACUUCAAAGGCGCUACAGUCAAAGGAAUGGCGGAUUGGAGACGUAUCAUUUCCAACCGGAAGAUACAAAGAAGUGCACCUUAAGAAUAAUCUUUGAAUCACUCGGGAUACAGUUCGGUGAUGAGACCAGCCAGCUGGAGUUACAGGUAUGGCAAUGGCGUCACAUCAAAGCUGAUACAGGUGUCUUGUCGGAGCUGGAUGGGAAGUUAAAGGUGAAUAAUACAGAACGAAUCACAACCAUCAACGCUGAUGAAAUCAAAGCAAUCUGCACAGGGAAUGUUUACAGGUCUCCUUCUCUAAGGUCAUUUGGGGUGAGAUCCAUACAAAAAAUAUUUCAGGACACUGCAUCGUGUCUGUGUUUAAUCCAACGUCCAGUACAAGAGAACAGGAGACAUAACCUAUACAAAAAAAUAUGUGAUUCAUCAAUAUUCGUGUCAGGGAAAGCAACAUGUUUUGUGACACGCACUGGCAUUGCUGUGGUCACAAGCAAGUCUAAUGAGAAGAUGGUGACUGAAGCCACCCACAAACUGCUUACUGGAGGGUCGUAUUCCUCAACCUCAUCCAUCUCUGUGGACGACUCAAGCAUGGAAGAUACAUUUACAAAGUUACAACACAGAAGAAGCGUCCAAUUGGAGGGACAUAUUGUUCCCUUUCUCAGAGACAACAUCCAAGCACGUAAUCAUCUCAUUCUGAAAAGCAAACUUCAAGGUAUCACCUGUACAUUUACCCCAGAAGAAAACAAGCUCCUUCUAUUGGCCGGGACAAAAGGGCAUCUUGAUAUGUUUAAUGACAUAUAUCUUAAGUGUAUUAAACAAAUCACAUGGGAUCUUAAAGACAGUAAUAUUUUGAAAGUUCUUACAAAUGCUGAAGUAGUGACCGAAUGUAAUGAGUACUGCCAGUUAAGAUUUCCCGGCAAGGCCAUGUUCUUCUCUGAUGAAGCAAACCAAUGUAUAUCAAUCAUUGCCACUGAUGAUGCUUUGCCUCAAGCUGAAUCCCAUCUGAAAGAACAGAUGUCCAAAUAUGAAAAUGGUGCAAUCAAACUUGACGACAGAUCAUUUAAACAGGUCAAGCAGCAUUGGGAGAGCAUAAAGCAGAUUGGAGCGCGGUUGGCAUCAGGAAAAAUCAACAUUUCACAAAGUACAGACAAACAGGCAAUUACUGUUAUUGGAACAAGGGAUGCAAUACGAGACUUCAACACCCAACUUGAUGAGUAUUUGUCCUCCCCCUGA